AUGGGGCGUCGGGCAUGGGGUCUUGGGCGUGGGGCGUGGGUGGUGCGUGGGGGUGCGUGGAGCGUGGGCUUGGGCGUGGGUGGGGCGUGGAGCGUGGGGCAUGAGGUUGGGCGUGGGGAUGGGCGUGGGUUGGCAUGGAGCGUGGAUGGUGCGUGGGGCGUGGGCUUGGGCGUGGCUGGUGCGUGGGGCAUGGGCUUGGGCAUGGGUGGGGGCGUGGAUCGUGGGACGCAACAUAUUUCAAACGGGAACGGUAAUGAAAGAAAUGAACAUACCCAUUUUGAUGCUGGUCGGUCGGGUCUACACGGCGAUGCAAUUGGGUCUCCGGCGUUGCAGGUUGGUCUCGCCGUCGGUGGCGUUGGAGAUGAGAGGCGGUGGCAGUUGGUGGUCGGUGGCUGGCAGUUGGGAGAAGAGGAGUGGUGGGGUCGCGGGGUAAAGGAAAAGGAGAAGAGAAGAAGGGGAUUGGGUUUGGGAAAUGUGAGGGGGGACCAUCCGUGA